AUGCCACCACCACGCGGAGCAUGGAACCCCAUCGAGUGCGCAGGCGAUUACACCACGACCAAAAGCGUCUACAACGACACCUACCCGGCUAUCGAUCCUACCAAAGCAGACCAGUCUGGCAAAGCGAUCUUCGUCUCCGGCGCGUCGAAGGGUCUGGGUAAAGCCAUGGCCAUCUCGUUUGCCAAAGCAGGGGCUUCCAGGAUAGCGAUUGGAGCAAGAUCGGAUUUGUCGACCACGGAGAAUGAAGCCAGAGCUGCAGCGAUGGAAGCCGGUCGUUCUGAACCGCAGAUUUUGAAGCUUAAGCUGGACAUCACGGAUCAGGAAAGUGUCGAUGCGGCUGCGAAGUUGGUGGAGAGGGAGUUUGGGAGUGUGGAUGUUGUGAUCAAUAAUGCUGGUAUUAUGGAUGGAAGGGGUUCUGUGGCGGAGAUGGACGCCAACCUCCGUGGCGCAUACCUGAUAACCCGCGCCUUCCUUCCUUUACUGCUGAAGAGCGACCUGAAGACUCUCAUCACCGUGUCCAGUGUCGGAGCCCACUGCAUCACGCCCGGGCUAUCAGCCUACCAGACGUCGAAGCUCGCAGUACUACGCUUCACAGAAUUCGUUGCGGCAGAGUAUAGAGACCAGGGAAUCACCGCGUUCGCCAUGCACCCUGGCAAUAUCCUGACUGAUAUCGUCGGGAACGGUGUCACGGUCACUGACCAGUAUUGUCCUAAUCUAGAUACUGACGUAUCGACAGGUAUGGACCCCAAACUCAAAGCUGUCUUCACCGAGACACCGCAGAUUUGCGCAGAUUCGAUGGUGUACCUGAGUAAGGAACGGCGGGAGUGGUUGAGUGGGCGGUAUGUCAAUACCUGCUGGGACCUCGAGGAGCUGUGCAGUGAUCCGCUCAGGAAGCGGAUUGUGAAGGGUGAUAUGUUGAAGGUGAAGUUGGUUGUGCCGAAUGAGGAUUCACGGGGAGGCGUGUAG